CUAAACUGUAUGCUCGUACUUCCUGAAAUCGCUUACACACGUGGACUUCCGAACUCUGCUCACGUUGUCGCUUCUUACGGUCUGUAAAUAACAUAUGUAUUGAUUAUUUGUGGUCACAUCGUCAUAUAAUUUUGACAACAUGUCGACAAGUGAGAAAAUAACACCAAACGAAGGACUGAGCGCCGAAGAGGACGAGUUGCCUCCUCCCGUUGUGACUCGGACUCGUAGCGGGCGCAGAGUACGGACCCCAGCUGUGUAUCUCGACUCCGAAGUACCGAAGACUCCAACACGCCGAACAAGGAAAUCUGUCAUUCAAGAGUUACCGAAUGAGAACCAGGCGGAACCCGAACCAGAGGUUGUAGUCGUGGAACCAGUUGCCGACGAGACUCGUGCGAAAAAACUUCCAAGCAGUGAGUCCAAAUCAAAUGCAUUGGCAACAGCUGAGGCAUGUCCAAAACUGGUCAAGUCAGACACACCUGAAGGGAAAUCAUUAGGUGCCGUUAUUCCAGCUGUGUCACAUCAUUGCAACGAGAAGGAAAACAAGGUUGGUCCCGUACCAAUGGAGACUGUUCCGCACCGCCCAAAUAAAACGGCCAAAAAGAGGACUCAUUCAGAGUCAAAUGAGAAACGUGACGUGAUACCUUUGGGUAAACCGAAAUCUGGACGGGUAUGGAAAGACCGCAAUAAGCAAAGGUUCUCGGCUCUUGUAAGAGAUAAGCCACUGUGCACCUCCUGGGAGAAGAAGAUGGUGGCCAAGCGAGAGAAGGAGCUGGUGAAGAAAUAUUCCCUGCAACUGAAGGAGGACAAGGCCAGGGAGAAAGAGGAAAAGAGGAAGAGGCAUGAGGAGAAUUUGAAAAGGCGAGCUGAGAACGAGAGGAAGGGGGAGGUUGUGCAAGUGAUCCGGAACACAACAAAGAUCAAGAGGAUGAAGAAGAAACAGCUGAGGAAGAUUGAGAAGAGGGACACACUUGCCAUGCUGCAGAAAUCACAGCCCAGGAACCCAAAAGCUGCACGGAAAGGGGACAAGUAGAGGGAGUGCACUUGGUUGACUGAUGGAAUGUUCAGAUCUACAGCUCUGUUGAGAACCACCCCCUAGGCACUUCAUGUAGAUAUGAGAGAACCAGUCAGAAAACGGGCUUGCUCCGUCCGCUCCACGCAUCGACCCGGUAUUGCAGUUCCUCCAGGAUGAAGGCGUUCGAUCUUUCCCUCAAUAGGCUAGGUGGAAUUUUCUCCAUAUUGCUUAAUAUAUCCAAUCCUUUUCAGAUCUACACAGUGCCUAGGGGGUAGGGCCAACGCUGUGUGUGAGGCUGCUAGAACUGGAGAGCAUGAGCAGCAAACCCUUUCAAAACAAGUAACCGUCUGGAGCAUUGCAGAUGUAAAAAGUGCCUCCUACCUCUAUUUUGUGGAAAUCCAAACAUGGGCUGGAAGAAUUCUUUACUUGACCUCUUACUAGAUUUACUGUCGUGUAAUGCAAUGUUCCAUUAAACAAAGCAAAUUGUUAUACCAGUGGGUCUCCCAACCUUUUUUUUCCUUAAUGGUCCACUAGAUCACCAUUGCAAGCUUUUUGCCCACAAGUGUGUUGCAUUAAAGGAAUAAUGACACUAAAGCAAGUGUGCACUUCUCCAGUCAGGCUUUAUUACAUCACCCUGUGAUGCUGUUAUACUCGGUGCCCUGACCAAGAUCCAUAAGAGAAUGAAUGAGCUUAAAAAGAUGGGGAACUACAACAAAUGGAGGGAAGAUGAAUGGAAAGACAGUGAAAGAACUCAAGACUAUAUGAACAAUACAAUGGACAUUCAACUCAAGACAGGUCUAGUAAACUAGUUGUACAACACCUGACAAUGGUUUUGAUGCAGAUAUUUUUUUUUUCAACUAUUGUGGUGUCUUCACAGCAGUGUAACUGGAUCAAAUGUAUUGUACAACGUGUGUGUACGGGGCCAGGGAGUAGGAGAAAAAAGUAAUGAAACUAGUUACAAUUAAUGGAGGACAAUCCAGUUCUAGGAGAAACAGUCAUGUUCUAUUUUACAGAAACAAAUGGGAGUUCUCUCUGACCUUAAAUACAAAUCACCAUACUUAGAUCUAACUAAUCAAUAUUAUUAAUAGCACUAAUUAUUACUUUGAUAUAUACACAAAUAUUAGCAAUGUUCUGUGUCGGUUUUUUCCUCGGUCUCAAAAACAUUUUGUAAGUACACUUGAAAAUAAAAUGUGAUUUAUCU